GCUAGCCUUCCCUUUCCCCCUUUUGCAGAAGCUCCUUCGGCCCCUGCAGGUGGCUUGGAAAUAGUUCUACAGCCAUCCAGGAAUCCGUUUUGAGUACUUUUGCAAAAGGGAUCUGCAUGUCCAUCCACAGUGGUGUCGUACUUCUCAGAGCAGCUCAGUUUAAUUAGCUCCCCGGAGUGUAAGGCAACUUAGCAACAUUUCUUGCCUUUAAUGCCGCUGAACUGGGCUGUCCUAGCCGGGCCACGGUGUUCGCUGUUGCAUCUGCAUCUGUGGGAUACAGGCAAAAUCGAGCCCGGAGUCUCCUACACUACAGCUGCAUGGGAGACGAGCUCUGCAGGUAAACGCCAUCCCGACACAGAAAUGAAGGGAUCACGUUUCGCGUGAUAUGCAACUCGCACAGGAAAGAGAAGGUAUUUCAGGAUGAUUCCCCUUCAGUGACAACUACUUCAGGAAACAAGACGGAAUGACAUUUUCUACUAAGGGACUUCCCAAAAGCAGCACAGAAGGUCCAAUGAGUAUUCCCGCGGCAUCAGCACAGAAAGCAGACAACAGUGAGAUGCAAUCGCCUGCCAUGAGCCCUUCAUUCAUUCCCGGGCAGCGAGGGAAGAUCCCAGGCAGAAAGCGAGGCAGACCUCCGAUUCGCUCCACUGUCUCCAAAAUGGAUUUUCAGAACCGCUACUCAGAGUCCCUCUCUCCCCUCAAAGUGCCCAAAAAAAGGGGGCGAAAACCUGGAUUUAAGCUCAAGUCUCGGAUCGUGAUGACUCCUCUGGCCAUCUCCCCUCCUAGCAGCACGCCAGAACCGGACAUGAGCUCUAUCCCUCAGGAUGCCGCCACCGUUCCACACUCCGCAACUCCACAAGUGCUCACAGGUGCGUUUCCCUGCAUGACAGCUGACAUCUCAGCGUGCUGCGUGUUUGGUCUCUCGGGGGCAGUGGUUGGCUGUGCCUUCUGGGGUGAAUCCGUUUGCAUUUAUAUAAACAAGCAAGCCAACACAGGUCCUAAUCUUGACAGGAAAAAAGUGCAACAGCUUCCAGAUCAUUUUGGGCCCGACAGACCGUCUGUUGUGUUGCAGCAAGCAGUCCAAGCCUGCAUUGACUGUGCUUUCCAGCAGAAAGCUGUAUUCUCACUGCUCACUCAAGGUUAUGGCGGUGAGAAAAUAUCGGCCACAUUUGAUGGGAAGCAGCACCUUCUGAGUCUGCCUGUAGUGAACAGUAUUGGCUAUGUGCUGCGGUUCCUAAAGAAGUUGUGCCGCAGUUUGCACUGCGAAAAUCUCUUCAGCGAUCAGCCUUUCAUACAGCACAACGCCGCCUCCUACCACUCUGAGAAGUACUUUGAGGGAAAUUCGCACUCCACCGAGACUUCAAUGCCCGAAGAUUACCUAGUUGACCCCAUAGAUUCAAAGCGGUACUCGGUGGACCCCAGCGACUCUGCGUUUAACUCCAUGAGCUCUCCCUAUCCGCCCAAGCCCUCUUAUGGCUAUCGCUCCUGCCAGCAGUUUUCCGGAGGCCCGUGCAGGCAGACGUCCAGCCCCAGCACCUUCCAGGAAGGAAACAGAAGUGCCUACAGUCCGUCUCCAGAGACGCAGGAGUCCAAGCCCCCGCCCAGCAAGGACCCCUCCACCUGGACCGUGGACGACGUGGUGUGGUUUGUGAAGGACGCAGACCCUCACGCUCUGGGGCCGCACGUAGAAGUCUUCAGGAAACACGAGAUAGAUGGUUACGCUCUGCUCCUUCUGAAGAGUGACAUGAUAAUGAAAUACCUGGGACUGAAGCUGGGGCCAGCCUUGAAGCUCUGUUACCACAUAGAUAAACUAAAACAGGCCAAAUUCUGAAGGCUCCUCACCAAACCUCUAGCUGAUUGCAUUAAACAACGGGGUAAUGCAAUUUUACAGUAUUUCUGUUAAAAAAACAGUUUUACUAUAAUUUGUAGAAAGUGUUACGUUCUUUUUCAUUCGGGAACUGUUGUAGCCACCUAAAGAGGCACAGGCUUGUGAAAGUAUUUGCCUGUGGGUCACUAACUGGCCUGCGAAGAUGAGUCAGUUCUGUGUGCUACGCUACGCUCCUGUACAGCUGAUACCUUAUUUCUUUAAGUAGGACAGUGUGUUAAAGUUCAAACAGGUGCCAUUGGUGAAAAUGCCUUUCCAUGAAAUCACCGAAGCAUAAUUGGUUAAUGACAAAAGACGGGAUUAAAUGGAAAUGAAACAGUUGGAGAAAAUGUCAUUGCUCGCCAAAUAAACCGCCUUUCUUUCCCAGUUCAAGAAGAUUAAUGUGGAAUUGACGUACAGUAUGAGCUUUGCCAACUGUAGGUCUUCUUUCUGCCUGCUGGAGCUAAAAAACAGACUGAGGUGCCCUGCUGUGCAUGGGAAUUCAAGGGUGACUUGGUCCAUCAUCUACCCAGUAAUGAAUGGAGAAAUGGAGCUGCAACAACCAGGUACAACUUUCCUGCAAUUCAAGGGAAACCCUCAAGCUGCCUGUCUCUAGGUCACCAGCAAAGAUCAGAAACGUGGUGCCUCUACACUUCAAAUGACUCCUCUGAUCACAUAUUUCACCAUGAAUGGUGUACACUGUCAUUUGAUCCAGUUAAUUUCCAGAAGACAUGUCCUGAGGCAUAACGAAGAUGAACGAAAAUAUAUUAAUACCCUUGACACCUGCUGAAGAUAAUAAUUCUAAUCUCACACAGACAUAUUUUUUUAUUAUACAAAUCAUCCAGGUACUGUAUGUUUCCAUGUACCUGUUUCACGCUGACCAGGUAAUGCUGGGAUUUUUAAUCUACAUUGGUAACAGACUUUGUAUAUGUAACAAGCUUUUGGUGAGCCAAACUUAAUUAAUAAUUAUAGCACAUACUUUGGCUCUGGCCUGAUGACACUGAUGAUACGGAAGUACAAUUCCAGAGAUAAGAAAUAUUAAGGUUCAUUCUCUGGCCUGAAUAAAAUUCAGAACACCUCUGUAGCUUGUUGACUGAUGACUUUUCAAAUUUCACAAAUUGUGUACAGUUAAAACCUAUCGCCCAACAUGAGGCAAAUAGUAAUCCUGUAAUUAAAUGCAUAUUAUGUUUUUUAGUUUGAUUUGUAGGUAGGGCAUAUAGAUUUGCGUUUUAUUGUUUUUGUACCAUAGACAGAUUUUUAGGAUUUACAAUCAAACAGUAGAAGAUGAACUCAUUCAGGAAAAUUUGCAAUUUUUAAAUUAAUUUUCCCUACCACAAUCAAACUCCUUCCUUUUUUUGCAUUUAAAUUGUGAUGGGGAACAGCAUUUUAUAAGCCGUUUUUUUUAGCUAUAUACAGUAUAUAUGAGCUUGAUGUUUUAUAUGUAUCUGAGUAAAUUGCAAUUGUAAAUAAUGUCAUUUUAAAUGAAGUUAGUAAUGUAUGUUAAAAUAUAAGACAUGGUACUGUCACAAACGUUUUGGCCGAUGUUACCUGAUUUUGUUAUUUUUUAAACAUCAGUAUAUUUAGAAAUUACAGUAAAAUGUGAGCAAUCGAAAAAAAAAAAGUUGUAAACGGCUGUUAAUUGCUUUGCUGUCAUAAACGUUCCUGCUUGA